CAACGUUACUAUUAAGAAGCUAUGGGGCAAUAAUGCAAAAUCUCCAGGGUUAUUAGUCAAAUGUGAAGAUAAUAGGGGGACCAGAAGUAAAUUUGGACCAGAGAACCAAAUAGCCCAGGCCGAUUUCUCAAAAAGACAAAGCAAAGGCCCAUAAAUAAAAAGGAUGAGCCCAAGAAAACCAAACCAUACAGGCCCACUACCUGAAACUAUGCGGACUAAUCCCGCCAACAUUUCUAGCGCGCAGCAGCGCCGACCCAGAGGUAAGAAUACUCAACAUCGGAGGAAACUACCAAAAGGCUUCAGAAGAAAAGGCCGGCGGCGAGAAGGGAGAAAGAUUGCAGGAUUGCGCCGAAUUGAGUUUCAAAGGUAUUCCUUUCUCUCGUCUUCUCUGCUUGAUUCCGCUGCUUCAGGUUGUUUCCGUAUUGGUGGAAUUCGGGAAAUCGUCGGUUUUAGGUUUUGCUAGCCGGGAUUGUUGUUUAGUUUCUUUGGAAUUGGAAGCCCUCAAACCGCCAUGAAUCUAGACUCUUGUCAAGAGUUUGAGCUGCCGUAUCUGUAGUCAAUUACCUGCUGGCUGUAGCAGACCCUGGAGAAAGGCUUACUGUCCAAAUUUGAUUAGGAGUUGCAUUGAAAGGUACACGAGAGAACUCUAGUAGAAACCGAAUCCUAUUAGAAUGGAGUUCGCUUGGAUGGUUGGAAAUGGAGAACCCGUACUGAUUUCGUCUUGUUUCGGGUUAUCAGAGUAAGGAACUCUGAAACUAUGCUCAUUGGUAGAUUCAACGUGUUAUAUCUCAGCAGCAUGGCUAUAGUUGGUGUUGCUAGCUUGUUAUGAUUAGCUUAUCGAAUCCAAUUUCAGGGUUGAAUAGUUCAAACUAGAGUGCUAGAAUAAGUGGCAGUAUCAGGGAUGGAACUGCAAGCCUGCAAGUAGUAUGAUACUAGAAAGUUUGUAGGCAUGGGAGGCUUAAACUUAGUACGUAGCUAGAACGGUCCAUAACAAUUCACCAAAUGCAGUCAUGGAAUCCUUUCCAAACGGUUGAUGGUUUUAAGUUGUCGAAAUUGAUGUGGGUUUGUUUCUUUUCUGUACAUUCAAGGGAAAGAUCGUUAAAGUUUGAAACGGCGUAUUGAUUACAGUUGAAAUGGGUUUAAUGAAGGAAAGAUGAAGGCAGGAAGGAAGAAUUUGAAGAGGGCAGCAGCAAAUGAAGAUAGCUUAACACUUCAGGAUGGUCAAAGCAUCAUGCGAGUGCUAUCUCUACGAGGUUCCAACCUUAUCGAGGUGAUUGACACGAAUGGAGAGAAGUCCCUGGCUUUGUUUCCAGCUAAGUUUCAGAAGAGCAUGUGGAUAAAGAAUGGAAGCUUUGUAGUUGUCGAUGGAAGUGGGAAGGAAAAGGCGAUCGAGUCAGGCAGCAAGGUGACCUGCAUGGUUACCCGAGUUCUGUUCCAUGAACAAGUCCGCAAGCUUCAGAAAUCUCCUGAAUGGCCUGAAAAUUUCAAGGAAGAUAGUAUCAAUGGAAGAGCUCAGGCAGAAGCAGCAAGCCAAGAAGUAAAUCAGCUCAAUUCAUGUGAUGAAGAAGAAGAGGAGGAUGAUGAUGGGUUGCCACCAUUAGAAGCCAACAUGAACAGGGUCAAGCCACCAUUUAUGGAUUCAGGUUCAGGAUCUGAUUCUGAUUCUUGACUUUACAGUUGCUUCAAACACUUCCCUCGGUGGAUCUGAUGGCUUAGCAUACUCUUAAUUUGAAGAAUUUUCUGGUUGUGUCAAUCAUCUAGUGUCCUGUAUCUAAACCCCAUUUCGGGUGGGUUUAUAAGAGUCACCCGCCUCAUAAUCAUCAUUUUGAUAAUAUAAUAUGAACUAUUCA